GUGGCAGCGCGACUCGAAAUUUGAACGGCAAACCGACUCGAAGAGGGAGAGAGGAGCCAAAACCGCUUCGUUCUCGUUGCCGAAGCGAUGCAGCGGAGGACGGAGGAGUCGAUCCACGGGAGGAUGGCGGAGCAGCGGCUCGCCUGCAUCCGGGAGAUCGAAAUCCAGCGCCAGAGGGCUGACCUCGCCGCGAGUUCCUUCCGCCAUUCCCUCCUCUCCGUCCGCUCCUUGGCCGGGCAAAACCUAGCUGAUCGAGAAAAACUUGGCAGGCUGAAAGAUAGCCUCAAGGAAUUGGAGGCUGAUUUGGUUGAAGCUCUUUCAGUGAAGACUGGUAAAGAGUCCAAGUCCACAUUUCUUGCUGAAGCCCUUUCUAGCACAGCAUCUAGAACCGAGCAGCUGAAGAAGACAAUUCUAGAUCUAAGGAGAAAGAGAGACAAACAUUCUGCAGUUAUAUCAGAACAACUACUUGCUCUGGAAGCUUUAGAAGCAAAGAGUAGUCAAUAUAUUCUUGAAAGACAAAAAACAGAGGAGGCCAUUGAGUGGUACAAUAGGAUUCUUGGUUUCCGAGCUGAAUGUGGAGAAGGGGUCAAGUUUAUCUUUGACAAAAUUGAUCGGAAGAACCCAAAUGAGGAAUACUCGUUCAGCAUAAGGCUUGAUAACGACGCUUACAACUUACUGGACUGCAACACAAUAUUGGAAGGUAUUCCUGAAUUGAUCAUGGACUUAAAUAAAACAAACGGCUUAUUCAAGUUUGCAAGAAUCAUGAGAGAGAAGUUCCAGGUUGCUGCAUCAAAUGGAAUGUUACCUACAUCCAUGUCUGUAUAUCCAGACUCAUCUUCAGUUACAGUAUCAUCUGCACCACCAGCUUCUGUGGAUAGUAAAAGUGAAACAUCAGUGAUGCAAAAUUAUCUUCGUGUUAAAGUUAAUGAUCAUCAAUAUGAUCCUCAUAAAAAGGUCAACACAGGCCAACCUGCAAUUCAGUCACCCAGAUCUGUGUCAGCUUUGCGUCGCUCCCCACGUUUUCUGGGAAGAAGGAUUAAUUGAGUUUGUACUUGAUCAGAGAGAUUAUUUAAUCUGUUUGUUAUGUGCAAUGGGAUGUGCAUAUCAAAGAGAUGAAUAUGUAAGAAUGAACUUUCUUUAGCAACUUGUCUUGGUUAUACAUCAUCUCUGGUGAUGGCUUUUUGCCAUACUUUUCUUUUGUUCCACUGGCAAGUUUAUUUGUAUGAUCAGAGAACAGAAGUCCUUUUUUUUUUUUUUUUUAAUGUAUGCUGAAUAGCUUUUUUAUGCAUCCAACAAAAAGAUGAGGUGAGAAAAUGUGAUCCUAAAUAUGAGGGGGGUGAAAAGUCAAGUGAAAAGAAUGUUAGAUUGGACAUGAAAGAGGAGGAUAUGCAUGGAUUGUUUGGAUCUGUACAAGUUUAUUUAUUUAUUGG